AUUUUUGCAACUACGCAGUGAAAAAAAUGUGAAAAGAAGAUGGCGUCACCACACGCACUUCUCUUUGUGUUCGUGGCAUGGAGCUGCCAACCCGCUUGGGUGUUAAAAUUACUUCUGAAAAGUAAAAGCGAAACGAAGUAGGUUACGCUUAAUAUUUGAUUUGGAAUGCAUGUCAAAUGUCAAUUUAGACGAAAAAAAAGAGCUGAGAAUCUCAUUUGUGAAUCAAACGUUCGGAUAAAUUUAUUCAAAUCUGGUUACAUCUGAAUAUUGAAUAUUUUGUGGAGAGUGGUUAUCGCUACUGCACAGGGCUGCCGCACAUGGCAGAUUCGCCUAUCGAUUUUUCGAUCAUACUGCACUUCGCUUUUCUAGUGUCUGAAGAAAUAGUUCGCUGCGCGACCAAAACACGUUUUUCUGCAAGAGAUUUCACAAUAAAGUAUUUAUCAACUUCUGAAGCGUUGCGUUUAAGCGUUUCCUCGCUUUAACUAGCGUUGCAACUGCAUUCUUUGUCCCAAGUCUAUAUAUUGAAUUUCACAAGGCUUUCAAGGCUGAUUUCAUUGGAAUUACGUAAUCGGUGGAUUUUUGGUAUCUAUUUGUAACGCACACAUUCAAACGAGCGUUGCUUACACGCACAUACACAUGUACGCACGUGCAUGGUGAAAACGGCACGUGCGGGAGUGAGAAGGAGAUACGGCAUAGCGUUGCCAGACUUUUAUUUUUUUUUAACCCAGAAACGAUAAAGAAAAAUGCCGCGAAUAGUACCGUUGCAGCUUUUAAGGUGCCUUAGGGUGCUGUUGGACAACAAUGGGGGAAUUUUAAGUUCUCAGGAAGUCAAACGGAUAUCUGGAUUGAUGGCGAAGUAUUCGAAAAAGUUGGUUUCUAAAUGCGUCUACGUGCAGAUCCUGAAGUCCACCAAGACAGAAUUGCUGGGCGAUUUCAUGGCCGUAGGCGGGUGGUCUCUCGUUUACACAUGGCUCAACGACGCUAUCAGAGCGAUGAACUGGCCCCUGGUGCAAGAGAUCUUGGAGCUGCUGCUCCUCUCCCCGGUAGAUGUGCAUCGCCUCAAGAUCAACUCGGCUCCUAUUUUGGUCAAGGGUCUAUGCAAGGAUGGCGGCAAUGAAGGUGUACGCAUUUUGGCCAAGCGGCUGGUCGAGCAGUGGCUAAAGAUCGUGACGGAAAACGCCACCGGUGGGUCUCUAACGAUGGCCCAGCCCCAAACCACCUCCGCAAUGCAGUCGGCUCCUGGCGUAGCUUCGGUUCCGGACACCUCCAGUAGUGCGGUCUCUCUACCCGACUCUGCGUCUUCCUCCGACAGCACAGACAGUACAGGAGCUCCGGUCACCUACACCAUCACUUCAGGGCAAAACAGCAGCAAAUCGAACAGCAUAACCAUCAAGUGGUCGUCUAUGGACAAACCGGAUGAAGAUUCUAAUUCCAUUAGCGAGAAGGAUGUGAAGCCGGACAGCUACGAUGCAACAGAUGCAGCACAGAGCCCUAAGACUAGUGUUGGUCUGGGGAAAAAGUCGAAUUCCACUUUAGAUGAUAGUAGUUCAGCGGCAGAUGCCAAGGCUGGGGAAGAUGUUGAUAAUAAGAAGAACAAGAGCGACAAGAGUAAACGGUCCGAAAAAGAGCGCGGGAAAGAUAGAAAGAAGGAGAGCUCCUCCAGUCACAGGUCUUCCUCGUCUAGCCAUAAGUCGUCUUCGUCAUCGUCGUCGUCCUCCUCCUCUUCGAAGAGCUCUUCCAAGAGCUCUUCCUCCUCCUCCUCCUCAUCCCAUCGCAGUUCCAGCGAUAAGUAUAGAGACAAGGACAAGUCUCGCUCAGGUUCCAGCUCCAGUUCGAGCAAGGACAAGGAGCGGAGCAGUUCCUCCUCUAAUAGACACAAAUCCUCAAAGUCCUCUUCAUCCUCGUCGUCGUCCUCCUCUUCGUCUAUGUCGAGCUCAAGCUCCAAAGACCGCAAGGAUAAGUCGUCGUCGAGCUCUUUAUCGUCAUCCUCGAAGCAGGAGAAAGACAAGGAUAAUAAGCUGAUGCCUCCGCCAGCGGCGUCUCCAGCUUCUUCCACAAAAGAAAGCGAUGCUCAGAAGCCCAGAUCAAUACCUAUCAUGUCAAGAAAGGCCUCCAUUUCCAUUGAGAUCCGCAGAGAUACGGAGAAGAAUGCUUCGGUAAAGACGUACCAGUCCAAGUUCCGAUCGCAUGGCUUGACAGAAGAGGCGCCGCCUCCACCAUCUAGAAAGGGACUGAAAAAGCCGACUUCGACGACUCCCACGCCCUCGGCUUUGGUGGUGGCGCCAGCCGUGAAGCGACCAUCGCCACCGCCGAGGGAUACGCCCUCUGAGAAGAAGCCGAAGAUCGACAUCAACAACGUGGCCGGUCACGUGGAGCGGCCCGGUGCCGCUAAGCUGAUAGCACCCAAAAAGAUACAAACCCUGGUGGAAACCAACCUGUUCUCGGACGCCUUGACCGCUUCGAUCGAACCCAAGAAGGUGGUGAAACGGAAGAGAAUAACGGCAACUUCGCCCACAGACAAGGAUGCGCCACUGGCACCGCUCAAGUUCUACCAGGACACGUUGGACGAGUCCAAGGGCGAGGAAAAGUCCGAUGACAGUGCCAAGGAGAAUGACGACCUCCCUGGAUCCCCCAGCAAGGACACGGAUGCCGACGACGAUGAUAUUCCCCUGAAGCGGGUGAAGGAGGACAUCGAGCAAAAAGUGCAGAAGGAAAAGGCAGCGGCAGGAGGAGAGUCCGCAGAAGCUGAAAGUGCCACCGCGGUCGAAGAGGAGCCCGAGGAACCCCGGAAACCCGGACCUGGCUGCGGUCCCGACGGUCCGCCUGGAGUGCUUAUGCUGCACCGCCGCAAGGGUCCCAAGAAGAAGCUCACUUGGCAGCCGGAAGACAAACUGACACAGGUUCGCUACUUUGAAGUGGAUCGAUCGGAGCGCGUGAACGUGACGAAGCAGAGCUUCCUCGAGAUGAAGAACAUGGAGCGGUUCAGCGAGCGUGAUGCACUGACAAUUGCACGGCGCGGAUUUGACGACACCAUGCAGCCCCAGAUGGAGUGGCGACCGCUCAUUGAGGUGGCCAACGUUCCGGAUCACCCCAACGGAAAUCUCUCCAAGCAGCGGCAAGUGCAGGCCGAGCGGGAGGCCACAACGCUACGGGCUCUGUACUUUUCGCCUGACAUGAUUCCUGAUAGCCCCGCAGAGGCGGAGCUGGAACCGCAUUUCGCCCAUGACAUUCCUGUGAUUCCUAUGGACGACCUCACCGGAAAUCCCGAUGCUGUCAACGACUACAGCUUGUUGCCGUGGCCGGAGCCCAAGGGAUAUGCUCCCAGUGCCGACAAUCCAGGAAAUAAUCCGGGACCCAGUAUGGCCUUCAAUGAUAAUAUGAGCCCCAUGAUGCCUGGCAUGGGUGCAGGCCCCAAUCAAAUGGCCAAUCCAUUCGACCCCUUCAUGAUCCACCGGCCUGCGCCGACGGGCAUUCCAGCUCCCAACAUGAUGCCCAACCAGGUGCCCAACGGACCACCCCAGAUCUGGCAGAACCAAAUGGGGCCUGGAGGACCUUCUGGCCCGCCAAUGAUGAACGGGCCUGGUCCGGGAAUGGACAUGAACAACAUGAACAUGAACAUGAAUAUGAACAUGAACAAUAUGAACAACAUGCCGCCACAAAAUUUCAUGGGCAACCAGUUCGGCAGUCCAGUGCCUCCGUUUGGCGGUGGCCCACCAGGAUUUAACCAAGGAUUCCCGCCAAUGAUGAUGAACGGACCCAAUGGCCCAAUGGGACCCAAUGGCCCCGGACCGGGACCGGGACCUAUGAUGAACGGAGGUGGGCCCAGGAAUAAUAUCAACAAUAACCGGAACAAAAACAACGGCGGCGGAGGAAACUGGCGCAGCGGAGGAAACAACUUCCAGGAGAACUCGGGGGGAAACUGGCGCUCAGCGGGAUCUGGCCCCAACCGAGGAGGCGGCGGCAACACGGGCGUCUGCAAGCAGUUCAUGCGUGGUCACUGCAACAUGGGCAAGAACUGCAAGUACGUGCAUCCGCAGAAGAAGCGUAUGUAGAAUUCGGCCGAAUCUUCUGCGGAAGAUUCAACUGUAUAGAUCUCAGACGAUCGCUCAAACUCCCCAAAUUGCCUGGGAGCUGCGAUUCCCGUCCUGGUUGCAGGAGUCCAGAUCCCGCCACAAGACUGCUGUUAGAUGUUAGCCGCGUUAGUUCGUACGAAUGUAUAUAUGUAUGUACUGGAUAAGUGUGUAGAUUCAGGCUUUUCCACUGAGUUGUUAAGUUGCUUAGUCUAAGAUUACCUUAAUUUAGACUCCAUAUUCAGGACAAGAUUUUGUUGCUUUGCUGUGUACUUAUGAAGGGUGCAUUCCCUAUUCACUUUUAUUGGUAAUUCAUAUAAUGAAAUUUACAAACACUAUGUGAGCUUGAAGAGACCGAAACUUAAAUGCCAUACCAUUUUUUUGUUGUCUAUAUUUUGAGAAUGAACUCGAAGUUUUAUUGCAUUUGUUUUGUAUUCGUAGAUUUAAGAAAAACAUUAAAAACCAAAAAAUACAAAAAUCUGGUAUAAUUUGAAAGUAAAAAUCACAAAAAUUGUAACAAGGAACUGGUGCAUAUAUGUAUGAGGCCAUAUAUGUAUUUAUGUUCAAGCAGACCUCUAUCGAGUGGAUCGCUUACUUAUUAUUGAACAUUAUUUUGGAUAUUGUGAACAAUAUACAUAUUCUAUGGUUGGCCAUUCAUACAUAUAUGAGGCAUUAAAGUAUUCGCAAAAAGAUUAAAGACCCAGGACCCAAAAAAGC